AUGGGAAAGCCACUCUUCAACACCUCUCGACUGCAAGGGAAAACCGCCGUCAUCACCGGAGCCAGUGGAGGUAUUGGUGAAGCGACGGCUAUUCUUUUGGCCAGAGCAGGAUGUCAUAUCGUGCUUCUUGCUCGCCGACAGGCAGCUUUGGAAGAGGUAGCCCAAAAGUGCAGAACUGAAGGCGGUGAUGGUAUAAAGGUAUUAGCGAAAACUCUCGACGUCAACGACAGAGAAGCCGUAGAGAGACUCGUACCGGAACUUAGAGAAGCGGGAUUCGAGUCGUUUGAUAUCUUGAUCAAUAACGCUGGCGGUGCUGUAGGCAAAGAACAGGUCGGCGGCUUAUCUGACAUUGACUUUAUGAUAUCCACGAACUUGGUCUCACUCAUGCAAUUGAGUCAGACCUUUGUGAACGAGAUGAAGAAGGCGGAUUCAGGUCAUAUCAUCAAUAUUGGUUCACUCGCGGGUCGGGAAGCGUAUGUCGGAGGUUCAGUAUACUGUGCGGUCAAGCAUGCUGUGAAAGCUUUCACCACAUCGCUCAUGAAAGAGCUUGUGGCAACGGGAAUACGUGUCACCGAGGUUGCUCCUGGCUUUGUGGAGACAAACUUCUCAGUCACCCGUUUCAGAGGUGAUGCAGAAGCAGCUGCUAAAGUCUACGAGGGAUUUCAACCCCUGACCCCUGAGGAUAUUGCGGAAGAGAUUGUCUGGUGUGCCUUACGUCCUUCGCAUGUACAAAUUGCGGAACUAUACGUCCUUCCUUCCGCACAGGGCAGUGCGACUAUCAUCGCUCGGAAGUCUUAA